CAAGAAAAAAGUUCAUAAAAGGACCAAAGAGAAACCUUUAUAAACAUAAUAGUUUAGCACCUUGUAUUGCUUGUCACUGUACAUGUGAAUACUUCUCAUCUGAAGAGGCUGCAGCCGUCUGCAUCGUGUCUGGGUCUCAGGUUCUCGCUGGAUUAUACAGUGCACUGAGUGAGCAGAGGGGAGAACCCCCCCCCACCUUUCUGGAUUUUGGUCCUUUUCUUCGUUGUCAGGACCAAAGAGCCCUAGAUACCAGGAUUUGUUUUCAAAAUCAAAGAGACAGAGACCCCUAGUGGCCAUGUUUUUAAACAUUUAUUUCACAUCUUAAUAAAAGAAGAUUAGGAAAAUGCUUCGUUUUUAGAAAGUUGGAAAUGGAAAAAAAGUUGUUUCUACACAAAGUUAUCAUGUAACUGUGCAGUACAUGCCUGGAUUUGGCAAUGAAUUCUCCUCUGAAGACCCCCGGUGCCCGGGCUCCUUACCCGAGGGGCAGAAUAACCCCCAGGUGUGUCCGUACGGCCUCUACGCCGAGCAGCUCUCCGGAUCAGCCUUCACCUGCCCCAGGAGCUCCAAUAAGAGAAGCUGGUUCUAUAGGAUUCUGCCCUCUGUCUGCCAUAAACCCUUCCAGGCCUACGAGCAAAAACACCUGACACAUAACUGGGAUGAAGUGGAGCCGGACCCCAACCAGAUGAGGUGGAAGCCAUUUGUGAUCGGGGAUAUGAAGACGGACUUUGUGGAUGGACUGUACACCCUCUGCGGGGCCGGAGACGCCAAGUCACGCAACGGAAUCGCCAUCCAUGUCUACACCUGCAACGUCUCUAUGGUGGACAGGUGCCUGUAUAAUUCGGAUGGAGACCUCCUGAUCGUCCCCCAGCAAGGAAAACUCCUAAUACUGACCGAAUUUGGGAAGAUAUUGGUGGAACCGAACGAGAUCUGUGUUAUCCAGCAAGGGAUGAGGUUCAGCGUGGAGGUCUUCGGUGACUCCAGGGGUUACAUCCUAGAAGUAUUUGGGGUCCACUUCGAGCUCCCCGACCUGGGACCAAUAGGAGCCAAUGGCCUGGCGAACCCCCGGGACUUCCUGACCCCCGUGGCCUGCUACGAGGACAGGACCGUGGCCGGUGGCUAUACUGUGAUCAGCAAGUACCAGGGGAAGCUCUUCUCUGCACAGCAGAACUUUUCCCCAUAUAACGUGGUCGCCUGGCAUGGGAACUACACCCCCUAUAAGUACAACUUGGACAAUUUCAUGGUCAUUAACUGUGUAGCGUUUGACCACGCGGACCCGUCCAUCUUCACGGUGCUGACCGCUAAAUCCCUGAGACCCGGAGUGGCCAUUGCAGAUUUUGUCAUUUUCCCCCCGCGCUGGGGGGUGGCCGACCACACCUUCCGUCCUCCCUAUUACCACCGGAACUGCAUGAGCGAGUUCAUGGGUCUCAUCAGAGGUCACUACGAAGCCAAAGAGGAGGGGUUCCAGGCCGGGGGAGGGAGUCUGCACAGCGCUAUGACCCCCCACGGACCGGACGCCGGCUGCUUCGAGAAGGCGAGCAACGCCAAACUGGAGCCGGAGCGCGUGGCUGACGGAACUAUGGCCUUCAUGUUCGAGUCUUCGCUCAGUAUGGCGGUGACCCGCUGGGGGCUGGAGACCUGCAGUCGCCUGGAUAAGGGAUAUUACCGCUGCUGGGAGACGCUGCGCAGACACUUCACCCCCAACCAGCGGAGCAAGAAGUGACCCCCCUGCAGAGCGUCACUCCUGUCUGCAGCCUUAUUGUUAUAAUACAUGACCUGUGACACCUCAGAGCAAUAAUAUUACAAUAAACCUGACAGAGUAUAAACAACUAUAACUUCAGAGCUGCGCUCACUAUUCUGCUGUUACAUCAUAUCUUAUCCUCCAGAGCUGCACUCACUAUUCUGCUGUUACAUCAUGUCUGAUCCUCCAGAGCUGCACUCACUAUUCU